UUUUGGAAGUAUAUCGCCAGACCUUUCUUCUGAGGUGCCUCUGGAUAGACUCGAACUGCCAACCUUUUGGUUAGCAGCCUAGAGUGUUAACUGUUUGUACUAUCCAGGGACUCCCUUUAAUGUACAAAGAUGUUUUUCAGCAAAUGCUGGGAAGAAAAUCAAAAGCAUUCCUGCAAAGCACAGCACUGGUGACUAUUUUUGUUAUCAGUGGAAACCUAAUUAACAUACAAAUAAAAUGUCAAUUCACAUGAUAACCAUCAAGAUAAAUAGAUGCAUUUAUACUUUUCCAUGAGCUACUCUUUUUGAACUUAAGUGCUAUGUUUGGCUCUUUGCCCAGGGAUCAGUUGAAAUACUCUGCAUUUAACAGUGAAGUUGAGCCUGGCCCAUGUGCAAAUGCAAAGUCAGAUGGGCUUGUUUGAAUCAACAGUUGUCACUGUAGAUUAUUUUAAUUUUUUUCCUGUGAGUGGAAAACAAAAGGAAAACCUACAUAUAUGUGGGGGAAACGAAUGGUAAUGUUUCUUAAUUUGCUUAGUAAAAUUGUGAUCUUAUUCAAAUCAGUUUUUAAUACAUUUGCCUCUCACCUGUUAUGAAAGGAAAAAUAAUCAAUUUUUCUUUCCUUUUGGUAAUCUGUGAUGUAUAUUUGUUCUAUUUUAGUUAUCCCAUUUAGUGAAAAUAGGUGCAUAUUUUUUCAGAUACAUUCUACUCUUUCAUUUAGACUUCUUAGCAUAAAGUCAUUAAAAACAAAAAAGCAGUUUCGUAAGUUUCUUAUAAAAAUAAAAUAGUUAAUAGAGGCUUUUCUCUAACAUACAUACGAAUAUAUGCAGACUAUUUUGGUUAAUAUGGCAUUAUUACUUUCCAAACUGUCUGCUUUUACCUAGACUAGUACAUUUGAAAUGAGAUAUUUAAAAUAUGGCGAGCAUAGCAUGAUGAAGUAAAAGCCUUAUAAAAUGUAUUUGGGCCAGCAUCGAAACUCUUUGUAAUAGGAUAUCUAAAUAGUGUGUGUUUUAUCUCAGAGAGAGGCUUGGGUUAACUUAGAGGUUAGUCCCAGUGUCCAGAUGACUAUUAAUGGGCUUCGUGCUCUGAAGCAUAUGCUAAUAGAAGUGAUCAUUUCGGAUUAAUUUGAUAUGAAUUAAUAAGAGAUUUAUUUGAUGGGAGUUGUUUGAAGGUGAUGACAUUUAAAUCUCAACAGGAUUUAAGAUGUCCAAAAUACCUUUAAAGAUUCAGGAACAAUCAAUUUAGAGAGUAAAUUAAAUAGAAACGGAUAGCAAAGAACAGGAUCUGACGCUGGGUUUAUGAAGUUUGAAGCAGUUUACAAAAAAAGCAAUCUACCAUUGAAGUAUUGCCCUGAAAUCUGAAGAAAUAGAAAACAUUUAAACUCCUUCAGUAAUUCUUGGGUUUGUGAAUUGGAUAAACAGUGUUUCCUUGCAUUUUAUAGUUCACUUAAGCAAUCUGAUUUUGAUCUGUAUAUAUAGAGUAGAGAGGAUUCAAGUGAUUUUUAUUUUCUCCUAAACCUAUGAGCAAACACAUAUGUUCUUAAAAAACGGAACUUUAUAUGUUGUUCAUAUGGAAGCUAUCCAGUUUGCUCUAUAGGCCCAAGACUUGACCUUCCUUUUAUUUUGCUAUCACUUGCUUAAUUCUUUAAAUUCUUUGUGGGGGACUUUGAUCAAAAGAAACAAUUUGCUAUACCUUUUUUCUUUCUUUAAUUUUUUUUAAAUAAAAGCUACAUGAAAUGUGUAAUUAAUAACUCAGUACUCCUAGGCCAGGAAUAUAAACAAGAAUGGGAAAAAACAAAAGAGAAGACCGUCAUGACUUUUCUUUUUGUGCUAAGCUUUGAUUUCAAACACUUCAAAGUUUUAUUAUCUGAAAAAACAGUGAGAAAAAGUCAUCUGGGAUUAUAUAUUGUGAAAAUAAGAACUGCUCCUUAUAAUAAAAAUCAUACUCAGCAGGAUUUGAGACUAAGGUCAAAUUAUACAAUCUUGCCACCCCCCCCCAUUUUUUACAGCCUUGUUCAGAAUAUAUAUAUGGUGUAUGUAUAUGUAUGUGUGUAUAUAGAUAUGUAUAUCAAAGACACCCAUACCCACACACACAUGUUUAUUUCUUAUACAUACAAGUUUUUUUUUUUUUGAGAAAGAGGACUUCCUUAUAAUUUUUCUUUGCUUUUUAAAUAUGUCUUUCCUCUCCCUUCAAGUUAGUGACAAACGAUAAAAGUAAAGUCAUCUUGCUUGAUGUGUUUGGCACAUAAUUGCUGGCAAAUAUACGUUUAAUGAAUGAAUGAAUAUUGGGAAUAUGAAAAACUGAGUGAACGGUAGGCAUCAGUGAUUUAGGCCAUCCUUACUUGUUAAUGGUUUAAUAUUGAUAGUCUUUCAAUGAAAUUGGAUAAAGGUUUUCCAAGGGAAAGCUAAAGUGCCUAAACCAUUAACCAGAACCAUCGUAGGGUCACAGAGGCGGGAGUAGUUUAGAAAUCAUUUUUUCUAGUUCUCUCAUUGUACCAAUGAGGACAGAGGCCCAGGCAAGUGAAAGGACUUGCUCUUGAUCACAUCGACGUGAGGUUUGAAUCAGAUCCAGAACCUGAGACUCAAGAUUGCUUAAUUCCUCUUUAGAUUUUCUUCUUAGGUAAACUUCUGGUUCUUUACUUUGUAGUUCAGAUACUAAAAGAGCAUAGAAUUUAGAUCCCUUACCUUCAGGGAAUUUCUCAGCUAAAGAAAGUAAAUCCUAGUUCUCAUCUGCAUUGAAUGGAUGUGAUAUGAGCUCUCUUUUUAAAUUACUGUGAUAGCUGAUGAUGGUUGAAUAAUUCAUUUGAUUAUCUUAUUGCAAGGUUAUUCGGAGUGAUAUAUGUAAAUGUAAUUAAUUGAUUAUUUAUAAAUACGAAAUGAAACUAAAUCCUUAAGUAGUUAAUUCAUAAUAUCUAGGUAGUAUUAGAAAAAUCAGAUCCCUUUUGCCAUGAAAAUGCUAUCAUGACAACAUAAGUCACCAUCUUUUACAGAAGAUUUAAAAUAUAUGUAUAUUUAAGGCUUUUAAUGAGUAAAAUAACAUAGUUAACGGAAUUAACCUCUAAGCUGAUUAUUUCCAUUACAUAAAUCUUCAACAUGAUACUGUAACACAGAAGUACAGUAGUACACUAUCCUAUUACUUUUUACAGCAAUAAACUUUCCUCUAAGAGAGCAAAGAUAGCUUUUAGAUUUAACUUUAAUUAAGAAGGAAAUCUGGUUAAUUAAGAGUAGAAAUAUAUGAUUUUUGCAGAUGGAAUGUCUUACAUCCCACUAAUGAAAAUUAAUGCGUAUAGAGCAUUUUUGGGAGGCUAAAUAUAUUUUAACCUGCUUUCAUAUCUUGGCAGAUAAAAUGCGUUCACAUUACAUGGGCUGUUUAAGGAAUAUACACGUAUUUAUGUGUAUGGAAAAGGAGUUCCGGUGUCGCAGUGGUUAAUAGCUUGGCUGCUAACCACCAGCCACUUCUUGGAAACCCUAUGGGACAGUUCUAUUCUGUCCUGUGGGGCCGCUAUGAAUUGGAAUAGACUUGAUGGAAAUGGGCUGUAUACGUGGAAGAUGAUGUGAAAGUGGGAAUGCUCACUCAAUUUUGUAUCUCACAACUAGAGGACUGAGACAGAGAUCAGCAGUUUUAAGCUUAUAGCCCUCAUUUGGAUUCCCUGGGUGGCAAAGGGUUAAAAGCUUUCAGAUGCUAACCAGAAGGUUGGCUGGUUGUCCACACAGAGCAGCCUGGGAAGAAAGGCCUGGCGAUUGACUUCUGGGGGUGAGGGAAAUCAGCCGUUGAAAACCCUAUAAAGCACAGUUCUGUGGUGACACAUGGGGUCACUAUGCGACGGAAUUGACUCCUAAGCAGCUGACGUUUGUUUGGUGUUCAUUUAGAUUCUUUCUUCAGUUCACUGUUAGUUCCAUUAUCCAAAAUAGUUGCCUAUAGUGGACCUACUUUAACUGGCAUUUGAACUUUUUUUUUAGUAGUUUGUGUGAGGGACAUUGCUAUGUAGCAAAAAGAUGAAGUUUAAAACAGAAUUGCCAAACUGAUGACUAAGACUUCUUGAUGUGAUGAUAUAUUUUAAAAUUUCCCUAUGAAAGUCAUUACUGAUGUUCAUUAAUUAAGAUCUUUUUCACCCCCACCUUCCAGUUUAGGUAAGUAUUGUAGUCAUUAGGGCUGAGAGACUUUAAAGGUAAAUAAUUUCACCAACACCACAGUCUGUCAUCAAAAUGAUUCCUUCUCCUGCAAUCUUUUAUAUCACGUUCCUCUUUCUGCUACUUCAUUAAAACUCAGGGGAGGGAGAGGCUCUUGCUUAAGGUCUGCUCAUGGUUUUAUCAGGUAUCUUUUAAAGCAGCUCAUGGUGCUAGCAUACUAAUGUAUUUUAGGUGUGAUACAUUAAAGUAUGUUUACAUCAUUUAGGAAGGAAAUAUUUUUUUUUUUGCUUUGUUUUGCAGAUGUACAGAUCAGCUCUCAAAAUGUCUUCUGUGUCUUCCGAGCGUCUUCUAAGACAAUUGCGUUAGCCUCCUGCUAGUUGACUAAAAGAAUUAAUAAUUGUAAAAAGCACUCUAAAGCCACAUGCCUUAUGAAGUCAAUGCUGGGUAUGAUUUUACAAAUAUGGUUCGGAAAAAGAACCCCCCUCUGAGAAACAUUGCUAGUGAAGGCGAGGGCCAGACCCUGGAGCCUAUAGGUACUGAAAACAAGGUAUCUGGAAAGAACAAAGAAUUUUCUGCAGAUCAGAUGUCAGAAAAUACGGAUCAGAGUGAUGCUGCAGAACUGAAUAAUAAGGAGGAACAGAGCUUGCAUGUCCAAGAUCCAUCUUCUAGCAGUAAGAAGGAUUUAAAAAGCUCAGUCCUGAGUGAGAAGGCUGGCUUCAAUUAUGAAAGCCCCAGUAAGGGAGGAAACCUUCCCUCCUUUCCACAUGAUGAGGUGACAGACAGAAAUAUGUUGGCUUUCUCAUCUCCAGCUGCUGGGGAAGUCUGUGAGCCCUUGAAAUCUCCUCAGAGAGCAGAGGCAGAUGACCCUCAAGAUAUGGCCUGCACCCCAUCAGGGGAUUCUUUGGAGACAAAAGAAGAUCAUAAGAUGUCACCAAAGGCUACAGAGGAAACAGGGCAAACGCCGAGUGGUCAAGCCAAUUGUAAAGGCUCAAGCCCAGUUUCGGUGGCCUCAAAAAACCCACAAGUGCCUUCAGAUGGGGGUGUAAGACUGAAUAAAUCCAAAACUGACUUACUGGUGAAUGACAACCCAGACCUGGCACCUCUGUCUCCAGAGCUUCAGGACUUUAAAUGCAAUAUCUGUGGAUAUGGUUACUAUGGCAACGACCCCACAGAUCUGAUUAAGCACUUCCGAAAGUAUCACUUAGGACUGCAUAACCGCACCAGGCAGGAUGCUGAACUGGACAGCAAAAUAUUAGCCCUUCAUAACAUGGUGCAGUUCAGCCAUUCCAAAGACUUCCAGAAGGUCAACCGUUCUGUGCUUUCUGGUGUGCUGCAGGACAUCAAUUCUUCAAGGCCUGUUUUACUAAAUGGGACCUAUGAUGUACAGGUCACUUCAGGUGGAACAUUCAUUGGCAUUGGACGGAAAACACCAGAUUGCCAAGGAAACACCAAGUACUUCCGCUGUAAAUUCUGCAAUUUCACUUAUAUGGGCAACUCAUCAACUGAACUAGAACAACACUUUCUUCAGACUCACCCGAACAAAAUAAAGGCUUCUCUCCCCUCUUCUGAGGGUGCGAAACCUACAGAGAAAAACUCUAACAAAUCUAUCCCUGCACUUCGACCCAGUGAUUCUGGAGACUUGGGAAAGUGGCAGGACAAGAUUACAGUCAAGGCAGGAGAUGAUACUCCUGUUGGCUACUCAGUGCCCAUCAAGCCCCUUGAUUCCUCGAGACAAAAUGGUACAGAUGCUACCAGUUACUACUGGUGUAAAUUUUGUAGUUUCAGCUGUGAGUCAUCUAGCUCAGUUAAACUGCUAGAACAUUAUGGCAAACAGCAUGGAGGAGCGCAGUCAGGCAGCCUUAAUCCAGAAUUGAACGAUAAGCUUUCCAGGGGCUCUGUCAUUAAUCAGAAUGAUCUAGCCAAAAGUUCAGAAGGGGAGCCUGUUUCCAAGGCAGACAAAGGCUCUAGUGGGGCUAAAAAGAAGGACUUCUCCAGCAAGGGAGCAGAAGAUAACAUGAUAACAAGCUACAAUUGUCAGUUUUGUGACUUUAGAUAUUCCAAAAGCCAUGGCCCCGAUGUUAUUGUAGUGGGGCCACUUCUCCGUCAUUAUCAGCAGCUCCAUAACAUUCACAAGUGUACCAUUAAGCACUGUCCAUUCUGUCCCAGAGGCCUUUGCAGCCCAGAAAAGCACCUUGGAGAAAUUACUUAUCCGUUUGCUUGUAGAAAAAGUAAUUGUUCCCACUGUGCACUCUUGCUUUUGCACUUGUCUCCUGGGGCGGCCGGAAGCUCGAGAGUCAAACACCAAUGCCACCAGUGCUCAUUCUCCACCCCUGAUGUAGAUGUGCUCCUCUUUCAUUAUGAGAGUGUGCAUGAGUCGCAAGCAUCCGAUGUCAAACAAGAAGCAAAUCAUCUGCAAGGAUCAGAUGGGCAGCAGGCUGUCAAGGAAAGCAAAGAACACUCAUGUACCAAAUGUGAUUUUAUUACCCAGGUGGAAGACGAGAUUUCCCGACACUACAGGAGAACACACGGCUGCUACAAAUGCCGUCAGUGCAAUUUUACAGCUGCCGAUACUCAGUCACUACUGGAGCACUUCAACACUGUUCACUGCCAGGAACAGGACAUCACUACAGCCAACGGCGAAGAGGAUGGUCAUGCCAUAUCCACCAUCAAGGAGGAGCCCAAAAUUGACCUCAAGGUCUACAGUCUGAUAAAUCCAGACUCUAAAAUGGGAGAGCCUGUUUCCGAGAGUGUAGUGAAGAGGGAGAAGCUGGAAGAUAAGGACGGGCUUAAAGAGAAAGUUUGGACUGAGAGUUCCAGUGAUGACCUUCGCAGCGUGACUUGGAGAGGUGCAGAGAUCUUACGGGGCAGUCCAUCAUAUACUCAAGCAAGCCUGGGGCUUCUGACACCUGUGUCUGGCACCCAAGAGCAGACAAAGACCCUAAGGGAUAGCCCCAAUGUAGAAGCUGCCCAUCUGGCACGACCUAUUUAUGGCUUGGCUGUCGAGACCAAGGGAUUCCUGCAGGGGGUGCCAGCUGGCGGAGAAAAGUCUGGGGCCCUCACCCAGCAGUAUCCUGCAUCUGGAGAAAGCAAGUCCAAGGAUGAAUCCCAGUCCCUGUUACGGAGGCGGAGAGGCUCGGGUGUUUUUUGUGCCAAUUGCCUGACCACAAAGACCUCUCUCUGGCGAAAGAAUGCAAAUGGCGGAUAUGUAUGCAAUGCGUGUGGCCUCUACCAGAAGCUUCACUCGACUCCCAGACCUUUAAACAUCAUUAAACAAAACAAUGGUGAGCAGAUAAUUAGGAGAAGAACAAGAAAGCGCCUUAACCCAGAGGCACUUCAGGCUGAGCAGCUCAACAAACAGCCAAGGGGUAGCAGUGAGGAGCAGGUCAAUGGAAGCCCGUUAGAGAGGAGAUCGGAAGAUCAUUUAACUGAAGGUCACCAGAGAGAAAUUCCUCUCCCAAGCCUGAGUAAAUAUGAAGCCCAGGGCUCAUUGACUAAAAGCCAUUCUGCUCAGCAGCCAGUCCUGGUCAGCCAAACUCUGGAUAUUCACAAAAGGAUGCAACCUUUGCACAUUCAGAUAAAAUCUCCUCAGGAAAGUACUGGAGACCCAGGAAAUAGUUCAUCCGUCUCUGAAGGGAAAGGAAGUUCUGAGAGAGGCAGUCCCAUAGAAAAGUACAUGAGACCUGCAAAACACCCAAAUUAUUCACCACCAGGCAGCCCUAUUGAAAAGUACCAGUACCCACUUUUUGGACUUCCCUUUGUACAUAAUGACUUCCAGAGUGAAGCUGAUUGGCUGCGGUUCUGGAGUAAAUAUAAGCUCUCCGUUCCUGGGAAUCCGCACUACUUGAGUCAUGUGCCUGGCCUACCAAAUCCUUGCCAAAACUAUGUGCCUUAUCCCACCUUCAAUCUGCCUCCUCAUUUUUCAGCUGUUGGAUCAGACAAUGACAUUCCUCUAGAUUUGGCGAUCAAGCAUUCCAGACCUGGGCCAACUGCAAACGGUGCCUCCAGGGAGAAAACCAAGGCACCAUCCAAUGGAAAAAAUGAAGGUCCCUUGAAUGUAGUAAAAACAGAGAAAGUUGAUAGAAGUACUCAAGAUGAACUUUCAACAAAAUGUGUGCACUGUGGCAUUGUCUUUCUGGAUGACGUGAUGUAUGCUUUGCAUAUGAGUUGCCAUGGUGAGAAUGGACCUUUCCAGUGCAGCAUAUGCCAGCAUCUUUGCACGGACAAAUAUGACUUCACAACUCAUAUCCAGAGGGGCCUACAUAGGAACAAUGCACAAGCGGAAAAAAAUGGAAAACCUAAAGAGUGAAACCUUAGCACUUAGCACAAUUAAAUAGAAAUAGGUUUUCUUGAUGGGAAUUCAAUAGCUUGUAAUGUCUUAUGAAGACCUAUUAAAAAAGAAAAAGAAAGGAAAAAAAAAAAAAAAACUUCAUAGAGCCUGCCUUAUCCAACAUGAAAUUCCCUUCUUUUAGUAUUCUUUCUUUUGAUGAGUAGGUUACCAAGAUAAAAAAGUGAGACAGAUGGUCAGUGAGAAAGAAUGAGAGAUGGCAAACAGUCAUUUUUUUGGAAUCCAGUAAGCCAAAACCAUCUUGGCUUCUAUGUACUGGGGAAAUGAUCCAUGUGAAAUAUCACCAGACUGUAAUUAUUAUGGAGCCUUAGGGGUGCAGUGGUUAAAAGUGCUUGGCUGCUAACCAAAAGGUUGGCGGUUCGAACCCAUUAUGUUUGUAAAGACAGAGCUAAAAGUUCUAGAAUUUGAAAGGGUUUCCAUAUUGUGAUACUACAGCAGUAUUGGGCUGGCCCAUUGGCCCGUUUGUUAAAAAACUUAUAAAUUGUUGCCUAAAUUUAGAAGUAUCGUGAAAUCCUAGGCAGAUGAGAGAUGGAAUCUCCAGGACAGUGAAAGGAAAAUGGCACCCCCUCAAAUCAGUCCCCUUUCAUUGACCGUGUUUCAGAUUUAGACCUAGAAAUGUGAGCUGUGGUUAGGUGUGAGAGAGCAGCAAGAAAAGUGACAGAUGGUUGCACAAUGGUUUUGGUUGGCUAGCCCUGCCUGUACAUACACAUGCACACCCUCUCUGUUUUUGUCCUUUAGAUGUUCAAAUACUCGGUAGUCCUUUUGUUUGCAAUUUAGGUUCAUAUUGUCCAAAUAUAUAUGCAUUUUUAAAAACAAUGUCCUCAAUGCUUACGUAGUAUUUUUUUUUUUUUUUUAAUUUUAGCCAGGUAUUUCUCUCUUGUAUGUGACGAACCAGUUGGGAUUUGUUUUUUAAGCCUCCUCUUGGUGGCAUAUCUCACUUGGCACAUUAUGACUAAAGGAAUCCCCCUCAGUUCAAAAGAUUAGAUGUAUACAAAAGUCACACCAUGGGCUUAAUUUGUUUCGAACACAAGGUAUUUCUCCACAAGGUAACCUGCUGUAUUUAUUUAUUUUCUUUUGGUUAAAUAUGAUUUCCAAACUUUGUGGUCAGGCAGAGUCUAAGGUUUCGUUACCACAGACUGACAGUUGGUAUAUGUACCGAUCAAUCCCUUCAGUAGAUUUAUACAGGUUUAGUUAAAUAGCAUUAAAUAGGAUUCUUCGAAGUAUGUCUUCAUAGUACUUUUAAUACUUAAGGCUUUGUAAAACUAUCCAUGAAGGGAAAGCUCCUCAGCAUAACUGCUCAGGGAAAUAGGGCUAAAUAACUGAAAAUUAAAUAAUUGGUUAAAGGUGCUGUUAGUCGAGCCUCAAUGCUUGCUACAAGGAUGUAUGUACAAGGACUGACUUUCAUAAUUGCAUUAUAUUGUCCCAACCAGUAGUUUAUUUUUUGCCACGGAGAUGUAGAAGAUAUUACAAGCUACUGGAUGCACUGUCAGAUUAACUUAUUUCAUUAAAGAAGUUGGGAGAACAAAUAGGAAAAAAAACUUAUUUUUCUAGUAAAUAUUAAUGUAUUACAUUUCAAAUAAUGGUGCCUGACAUAUUGAAUAAUUAUUUUCUACAGUGUACGUAUGCAACAAAGAUAUUCCAUCAUGCAUUAGAGUCAGUUCUGGCUCUGCCUAGCUGUUUACAUUUGCAAAUGUAGCAAACAAGGUAAUGAAGCAACUAUUUCUAUUGCGGUAGAUAUCUUUUGUGUGUGUGUGUGUGUGUGCAUUAAAGUUGUAAACGGUAACAUGAAACAAUGAAAGUUCUUGACAACAGUAUGGAAAACAAGAA